GGAAACUGCGCUAUAAACAUCGCCCCAUCUCCUUCGCCAUCGUCUGAGGUGAUUUCCUUGACGACCUAAAUAUCUAUGAUUCCGGAUCAGCCCUGAGAAAGCCUCUCCACUGGCGGUCGGCUCACGGCUCACUUUAUUCUAAAGCUCUUCUGCAUAUGCAAAUUUGUACUUUUCAUUUUUCCAUAUCUCAUUUCCCAUCCCUUCACGGGUGGCUUUGUACACGUUUGUAAUAGAACAUUGUAUUAUGGUCAUUGCCAUUGUUGAAAUUUCCUCAGUAUAAUGAGAACAUUGUGUUGCCCUUCUUAAUUUCGGAUAGUAGCCUUGGAUUUGUGCUAUCUGUGCUGAGUUUUUCAAUAUCUCUUGAUCUGAGCUGAUGGUUACUUGGACAAAGUUGUGCUUCUCUUAGCUUGUUGGAAUUUGGAAAGUCAUAUUUAUUUUUCUUUAGGAAUAUCAUUCUGAUGGUAGAGACUGGACUUUGGAUGGGAUAAGCUUCAGUUCUUGCUCUGGGUUGGUUGUUUAGUAAUGGAGAGUUUAGCACAAUUAGAGGCAUUGUGCGAGAGGCUGUACACUUCACAGGACUCAUCUGAACGAGCCCAUGUUGAGAAUACUCUUAAAUGCUUUUCUGCAAAUAUUGAUUACAUUUCACAAUGUCAGUUUAUUCUGGAUAAUGCAUCCACUCCUUAUGCAUUGAUGCUAGCUAGUUCAAGCCUCUUGAAGCAAGUCUCUGAGAACAAUCCUUCAUUGCAGCUCCGCCUAGAUCUCUGGAACUACCUCAUAAGCUAUUUGGCAAACAGAGGUCUUGAGUUGCAACCUUUUGUGAUUGCAUCUCUCAUUCAACUCUUAUGCCGAAUCACCAUGCUUGGGUGGUUUUCUGAUGAUAGGUUUAGAGAUCUGGUUACAGAAUCUAUAAAGUUUAUGACUCAGGCAACAUCCAAUUAUUAUGCUAUUGGUCUAAAGAUCUUGAAUCAGCUUGUUUGUGAGAUGAACCAGCAAAAUCAAGGGGCAGCUUCAACCCAUCAUCGGAGAGUGGCAUCCUCGUUCCGGGAUCAGUCUCUUUUACAAGUUUUCAGGAUAUCUUUAACAUCCUUGCAUCAGCUAAAAAAUGAUGCCAUAAGUGGACUACAGGAAUUGGCACUAUCUCUGUCACUGAAGUGUUUAUCUUUUGAUUUCAUUGGAAUGUCCAUUGAUGAAAGUUCUGAAGAGUUUGGUACUCUUCAGGUUCCAUCUUCAUGGAAAUCAAUAUUAGAGGAACACUCAACUCUGCAGAUCUUUUUUGAUCACUACGCUCUUGGGAAGGGCCCUGCUUCCAAAGAGUCAUUGGAGUGUUUGGUCCGACUGGCCUCUGUAAGACGCUCUGUCUUCACAGAUGCUGCUGCACACACAAAGUUCUUGGCCCAUCUCAUGACAGGAACCAAAGAGAUUUUACGAACUGGCCUAGGUCUAGGUGAUCAUGAUAAUUACCAUGAAUUUUGUCGUCUUCUUGGACGAUUCAGAAUAAGCUAUCAGUUAUCAGAAUUGGUCAAUGUGGAAGGAUAUGGUGAAUGGAUACAUUUUGUGGCUGAAUUCACAUUUAAGUCGCUACAAUCUUGGCAGUGGACUAGCAGCAGCGUGUAUUACCUUUUGGGUCUCUGGUCUAAGUUGGUGAGUUCUGCACCAUACCUGAAGGGUGAUGCACCAAGCUUGCUUGAUGAAUUUGUUCCGAAAAUUGCUGAAGGAUUCAUUACUUCAAGGUUUGAUUCUGUGGAGGCUACUACUCUUCCUGAUGAUUCUUCAGAAAACUUGCUGGAGAACACCGAGCUUCUUCAAGAUCAACUUGAUUGCUUUCCACAACUUUGUCGAUUUCAGUAUGAAAGAUGCUGCCUGUUUAUAGUCAGUACCAUGGAGCCUAUACUGCAAAUGUACUCGGAAAGAGCUCGGCUUCAGGCUGGCGGUAGUAACAUUGAGCUGUCCGUUACUGAAGACAAGCUUGCUUGGGCUGUUCAUAUAAUUGCUGCUGUCGUGAAGAUGAGACCGUGUGCUAGUUCUACUGCUGCUGCCCCAGAAGUACUUGAUGCAGAACUCUCAGCCCAUGUUAUACGUGUAGUAAAUGUCACAGAUAGUGGGCUACAUAGUCAGCGAUAUGGUGAAGCGAGCAAGCAAAGGCUUGAUAGGGCAAUCCUAAUCUUUUUCCAGAACUUCAGAAAGACUUAUAUAGGUGAUCAGGCUAUACAUUCGUCAAAGCAGUUGUAUGCCCGAUUGUCUGAGCUUCUCGGACUCCAUGAUCAUCUUUUACUAUUAGAUUUCUUUAUCCGAAAACUUGCAACAAACCUCAGGUGUUAUGCAGAGAGUGAAGAACUCAUUGAUCAUACUUUGCGUCUGCUGCUGGAGCUGGCAUCUGGUUACAUGACCCAAAAGCUACUUCUCCAGUUGGAUACCGUUAAGUUUAUAAUAGCACAUCCUACGAAAGAACACUUCCCGUUUCUAGAAAAGCAAGCAUGCUUUCGCAGUAGAACAACAUUUUACUACACUAUUGGAUGUCUAAUCUUUGUGGAAGAUAUCUCUGUGAAAUUCAAGAUAUCAAUGGAUCCUCUUCUCCAGGUUUUGCUCACUUUGGAAUCAGUGCAGGAUACCAUGUUUCGAACUGAUACAGUGAAGUAUGCUUUGAUUGGACUUAUGAGGGAUCUUCGUGGGAUUGCUAUGGCUACUCAUAAUCGCCGGACCUUCGGCCUACUUUUUGACUGGAUAUAUCCCGCUCACAUGCAAGCUGUUUUGAAGGGAAUGUCACACUGGGCUGAUACUCCAGAGGUCACAACACCACUGUUGAAGUUUAUGGCUGAGUUUGUGCUAAACAAAUCUCAACGAUUAAAUUUUGACUGUUCUUCCCCAAAUGGCAUCCUUCUUUUUAGGGAAGUUAGCAAAUUGCUUGUUGCCUAUGGAUCAAGAAUCUUGGCAAUCCCAAAUCCUACUGAUAUAUAUGCCUACAAAUACAAGGGAAUAUGGAUUUGUUUAACUAUUCUUUCAAGAGCUCUAGCUGGAAAUUAUGUAAAUUUCGGUGUGUUUGAACUCUAUGGUGACAGAGCACUUGCAGAUGCACUGGACAUUACCCUGAAGAUGGCACUGUCAAUUCCACUAGCUGAUAUUAUUGCCUACAGAAAGCUCACAAGGGCAUACUUUGCCUUCUUGGAAGUUCUUUUCAACAGCAACAUUGGUUAUGUACUUAACCUUGAUACAAAAACAUUCAUGCUUAUAGUUGGUUUGCUGGAAGCUGGUCUGAAAGCACUUGAUGAUGGCAUAUUAACUCAGUGUACAUCCGCAUUUGAUAAUCUCGCUUCGUUCUACUUCAACAACAUCACAAUGGAGGAAGCACCAAAUUCACCUGCUGCUAUUAGUUUUGCUAGACACAUAGCAGAAUCUCCGAGUUUAUUUCCUCAAAUACUAAAAACAUUCUUUGAGAUUGUUCUUUUUGAGGAGAAUGGCAACCAAUGGAGUCUUAGUCGACCAAUGCUUGGAUUGAUGCUUAUUACUCAACAGAUAUUCAAUGAUUUAAAAGCUGAGAUUCUGGCUUCUCAGCCAGUCCAUCAGCACCAGCGCCUCUCCUUAUGUUUUGACAAAUUAAUGAUGGAUGUUACAAACAGCUUGAGUACAAAAAAUCGUGACAAAUUCACUCAGAAUCUGACAAUAUUCAGGCAGCAGUUUCAGGCAAAAUAAGUUUAGUCGUUUUCUCAUGGCUAGUAACACUGCUAAUAUAUUUUGGGGAGGAUAUUUGAAUCCCUUUCUGAUGUGAAUUGUAUUAGUAGUUCUUGCGGUUUCAUUUUAGUGGUCUCAACUCUCACGGAUACAAACACGUGAGGUGCCGAAAGGUCUUCGUUUUGUUUCUCGGUGUGAAGAGAAGCUCUUUGAAGGUUCCACCAUGUUUUUUCUGGGGGACUAGCUCUGGACUUCUGGGUGAACAGUGUGUAGUGUGUACAGGUAUAUGCUUUUGUAUUGUGAAAGAUGAAAUGAUGAUAUUUUUAAUAUGUAAAUAGGUAGUCUGUAAAUGGCUAAUUAUUCUGGUUUCUUCACUUGGAGAAAUUGAUCUUGCCUACGUCAUGGGUUCAUAGCUAUACUCAGGAGCGGAUCUAUUAGGCCCAAAUGGGGGCCUAGGCCCCUACUCAGUUUUUUAUAUUAAUAUUUUACAUUGUUGCAGAGUAUUAUACUAUGUUUCUUAUUAAAUUUUGAAUUAUUUUAAGAAUAUUAUUGGAAUGUGUGUAAUACUCCCUGUCUCCCUCUAUCCCAUUAAACAGUUGUCAACUUUCUUAUUUAGUUGUCCUAAAAUACUUUAUUAUUUGCUUUUAAAGAAACAAUUUUGUCGUUGAAGUUAUA